CACAUUCUGCAUUGUAAUCUAACUUUUAUCCUGUUGACAUUUUUCCUAGGACUGCUGUUUGAUAGUAUAUCAUCCUUAUAGACCUUUGCUCCAAUAUGUGCAAGAUAUGGGCCAAGAAGACAUGCUGCUACCUCUCGCAUGGAGGAUAGUGAAUGACACAUAUAGAACUGAUCUUUGUCUGCUGUACCCUCCUUUUAUGAUAGCUCUAGCUUGCCUACACGUGGCCUGUGUUGUCCAGCAGAAGGAUGCAAGGCAGUGGUUUGCUGAGCUAUCUGUUGAUAUGGAAAAGAUUUUAGAAAUAAUCAGGGUUAUUCUGAAGCUGUAUGAGCAGUGGAAGAACUUUGAUGAGAGGAAAGAGAUGGCUACUAUUCUUAGUAAAAUGCCUAAACCAAAACCACCUCCAAACAGUGAAGGAGAACAGGGUCCAAAUGGUAGCCAGAACUCUAGUUAUAGCCAGUCUUAAGACAUUCCAAAGAAAUUCUUUAUGGACCACUUUGAAUCAAGACAUCCUGGGAUCUUUCCUGUGUUCAUGAAAUGGACAGAAGGUUUUAGUAACAUCUUUGACAAAGAACUUGAAGAAUAAAUAGCUUGUUUGUGUCAAGCAUUUUGAAAGCUUUUUCUUUAAAACUGCAUCAUUUUCUCUGACGCUGGAGCAAAUGUACGAAGAUCUUUUUCAAUGUAAGGAAUCUGACGUUAAACCAAGCUGCAAAAGAUUAACACUAUCCACUCAAAACAAAGAGUUCAUUAUUGGUUCUGUUUGCUUGGAGAAUACUGUAACUUGCCAUUGAAGUGAACUAUUUUUAAAGCAACAGUAACCCGAAGCCUAAGUGUAACUGUAUUAAUGACUUGUGUUGUCUUCAUUUUGUUUGUGACUGAAGGAAGACGGUGCACUGUGUGUUAAAUCUCUUCAUUACCUUGAGUUUUGUUGAUUUUUUUUAAAAAAUAAAUAUGGAUUCUGUAACAAGUAACACGGCAAUCCUUCAGAAACAAAGCCUAGGAGAGCCUGCAAAGAAUAUUGUUACAGUUUUAAUGAAAGCUGUGGGAAAGAAAUUCAGUUCCGUUUUUGAAUUGGAAAAACGCUGUUUUACUCAGUAGAUGUACUUGGAUGUUUUUGCCAUGAAGCAUAGUAGCCCGGCUUACCAGAGAAGUGCAAUAUAUAUAGUGAUUCUGCAGUUUUCUUAGACGUUUCAAGUGUUAGGAAUUAAAAAAAACCAACAUAUUAUGAUUUUUUUUUUUGCAAGUAAACGUACUGUAUAGUACAAUUGGAAUAUUUCACAAUCAAGUACAAAUCUGGAUAUGAUUGCUAUUCUUUAUGGAGGAUUUUUUUUUGUACAAAAGGUAUACACUGUUAGUCUGCCUUCAUUGUUAGUGUGUAUUUGUGUGGUUCAUUAGAGAGUUUAUUUAAGAGGAUCAAGCUUUCGGUGAGCUUCAUACUGGCUAAUUUUAAUUGUGAUGUUAGGAGCAACUCUUUAGAAUAACUGAAAUGGGAUUCCUUAGUUAACUAUGUGCUGGAGAAAAUGAGAUUCCUUGAAACAGAAGGCCAUAUCCUGCGUUCCUUACUCAGGCAGAUGUCCCACUGAAGUCAGGAAUUGGCCUAAAUCGAAUCAUUCGAUUUUUAGAUAACUUUGUUUCUAAUUAAGUUCUGUACAACUUCAUUUUGAAGGAUCAUGCAGACUUGCCCAAGUACAAAAACUGAACUGUAAACUAAAGUGCAGUA